AAAUCAUUGGUCCUUUCCACAUGUCUGCUGAUGUAACGAUAUGCCGGUUGAGGGGAAACUCAGGCUUAUGCAUUGCUAAGGCAGUCCACAUUGGAUACACGAGCCUUCAUUCUUUCUCAAACUCUACAGCAUACGAUUCAACUUUGGAUAAUCAAAGUGUAAUUUAGGUACUUAGCUAGCUAGGCAAAGUGUUAAAACACAGACAGAAUGGGCGAGGAAAUGAACGAUAACACGAUCAACACAAAUGGUGCUGCUAACAACAUGGGGGACGUGAAUCACACAGCAGAACAGACAGCAGACAGCGAUGUGAAAUACUACACCUUGGAAGAAAUAAAAGCUCAUAAUAUGAGCAAGGACACAUGGAUUAUCAUCCACGAUAAAGUGUAUAACGUCACCAGUUUCUUGGAGGAGCAUCCAGGAGGAGAGGAGGUUCUGGUGGAGCAGGCAGGUGCAGAUGCCACAGAGAGCUUUGAGGAUGUUGGGCACUCUACAGAUGCCAGAGAGAUGCUCAUCCAGUACUACGUUGGGGAGCUCCAUAUGGAUGACAGGAAGAAGGAUGGCGCAAAGGAAGCAUUCAUUACAACUUCAGGAGAUGGCUCCAGCUCGUGGACCACAUGGUUGAUACCUGCCGUAGCUGCAGUUGUUGUGGGUAUCAUGUAUCGAUACUACAUGCUGGAGCACAAGUCUUCCUGAGUCCUGACGCUGUCGUCUCUUCUCAUUCGUUCUGUCUGGAGGCCUUGACAUGUUUGACCAAACCCCCCUUGCAUUGAACGCACACAACUUUUCAGAGGUGCGCCCCGCGUCCCACUCAACUCACACAGUGCCCUCACCUUGAAGGAAAGGGAGGGAAAGGAUAAAAGAAUCCCUCUGCUUACUUUUCUAGACCUCAUCCAACAGGCAGUGGGGUGAGAUGCAUCGGAAAACUUUCUGCCCUCAGUCUCUUUAAAUAGUUUUCUAAUCUAUUCAUAUUGUUUACUCACUCUGCCUUUUGUGAUACUUAUUGUGUGGUGUCUUUUUAAGUUACUUAUUCACAUGCAAGUGAUCUAAACUGUCAUUUAUAUCUGCAAACUGUUGUCGCUAUCUGCUUUGUGAGACUUUUACUGUGAGCUCCAAAAGUAUUGGGACAGUGACCAUUUUUGUUUUGUUUUGGCUCUGUACUCAGCACUUUAUAUUUUAAA